AUGUUGCACCUGCUGUGGAGCGUAGACACUGUUGCCUCCAUAGAGAAGCUAGCUGUGAAAAAGAUGCCAAGUGAUCUAAAAGAGACACUUAAUGAAGUAAUCAAGAUUGAGUUCUGGGCUGGCUGUAUAAAGAAAAACCAGACAGAGUGCUUGCCAAAUUGCCAUACAUUCCUGAAAGAUAAUUUACAAGAGUACUUUCCAAAACAAUCAGACCCUCUGACAUGGCUGCGCAACUCAUUCAUGGAUGAGGAUAAUGGGAUGAAGCAGAAUCUGUCAGUGACUGAAAAAGAACAGCUUACUGACAUUUCAACUGACCUAACUUUGAAAACCAAAUACAAGGACUCUCUCCUUCCUUUCUGGAUAAACCUGUUGCAUGAGUAUCCAGAAUUAUCUAAACGAGCAUUGAAACAUUUUAUGGCCUUUGCAACAACAAACAUGUGUGAAGCAGCUUUCUCUAUUUAUGUUGCAACUAAAAAUAAAUACCGAAGCAAGUUGGAUGCUGCACCUGAUAUGCGUCUACAGUUAACAAACAUAGUUCCAGAUUUGAUGGUCUUUGUAGCCAGAAGCAAGCUCACCCAUCACAUUAAAAAAAGUUCCCCCGACCUCUAUAUCUAUGGGUUCCCCAAGGGGGCAUUUGAGAAUCGAGAUUCCACAUCAAAACUGGCCAUUAUUAAACCAGAGUCAUGA